CUUAAGUCUGAUCUGUUCAGAUCAUUUACAUCGGUUGGGAUUAGAACACGCAAACAGAUCCGGUCGAUCUAAACAGCUCGCGUAACGAUGAUGACCGCUCGCAGUAGGUUAUCGUUGCUUUUCGGAGCGUCGCUCGUCGCGUUGUUGAUACCGGUGAUCCAAGGUCAAGAACCGCAUACCCUGGUGCGGGACCGGAAACGUUGCACCCCAUCGCCGACGACGGCCAGCGGAAGUGUCAUCCAGAGGGGCCGCAAGUUCUGCAGCGGCGAACUGGUCUUCGAGGACAACUUCGACUUCUUCGAUUUUGAAAUCUGGGAACAUGAGAACACUUUGGCCGGGGGAGGUAACUGGGAAUUCCAGUGGUAUACAAACAAUCGAUCAAACUCGUUCGUUGAAGAUGGUGUUCUGUACUUGAAGCCAACGUUAACGUCUCAGGAGUUCGGGGAUGGCUUUUUGAGCUCCGGAACGCUUAGUUUGCUCGGAAAUCGACCGGUUGAACAAUGCACCAAUGCAGCCUUCUACGGAUGCGAACGUCGCGGUACGGAGAUGAACAUAGUAAACCCCAUCAAAAGUGCACGAGUCCGCACGCUCUCUUCAUUCAAUUUUAAAUAUGGCCGAGCAGAGAUCCGCGCUAAACUUCCGACGGGCGAUUGGCUGUGGCCUGCCAUUUGGUUGCUUCCAAAGCGCAACGUGUACGGCACUUGGCCCGCUUCCGGGGAGAUGGAUUUGAUGGAGUCUCGAGGUAAUGAAGAUUUAGUAUCAGGGGGAAAACCAAUUGGUACUGGACAGUUUGGACAGACGCUUCACUUUGGACCGAAUCCUUCGUAUAAUGGCUGGAGUACUGCAAGUUCGGCAAAGAACUCUGAGCCAGGGAAGGAGUUUAACAAGGACUUCAACGUCUAUGGGUUCAUUUGGAGUCCGACAAACAUCACAACCACUUUGAAUGAUGAGGUCGUAGAAGUCAUUGAAGUCGGCGAAGGCUUCUGGAAACGUGGAGGUUUUGAUAAGCUCAAUCUGGAGAAUCCUUGGCGUUACGGGAGCAAGAUGGCUCCCUUCGAUCAAGAAUUCCAUUUUAUUCUGAACGUUGCCGUAGGUGGAGUCAACGGUUACUUCCCGGAUAACGCUGAGACCCCGAGGGCCAAACCCUGGAAGAACAGCUCUCCAAAAGCCGCAACCGACUUCUGGGAUGGACGAGAUGGGUGGCUUCCGACGUGGAAUUUGGACAAAAAUAACGGCAAGGAUGCUGCAUUACAGAUUGACUAUGUGAAAGUUUGGGCUUUGUAGGACACUUUUUGGUAUUUUGAUAAUAAGUUAAAAAUAAAGAACUGAAAUUUCAAAAUUAUGAA